AUUUAUUUGAGAAGCAGAUUGUUAAAAACUUGAAAUAUGAGAUCUAUUCCAUAAUUACAUUUUUGCAAUUAUAUGAAUAUAUUUUGUCUUUAACGAAAAAGAAUGGAUAGUUCUCAGAUUUAAGGGGAAGUUAAAAAUCUGAAUCUGUGGGGUGCAGCCGUGCAGGGGUGGGUGAGUCCUGACGGAGUAGUCUACUCUUGUGUGUGAAAGACAAAAAAAUGGUGGGUUUAAUAAGAUGACACCCACCUCCGCUUUAGGAAUUAAGAUUCCCCCACCAUUUCCACAGCACAACAGACAUUCUUCCCAAUUAUUACUUCCGACUCUCUCUCUCUCAUGGCCGAUCUCGAUUCUAACCCCGCCGAUUCCCUCGCCUCCACCCCGCGCUCCGACCUCCACGAUGACGCCCUUCAGCCGCGCGUCCGCUUCAUGUGCAGCUUCGGCGGCAAAAUCCUCCCCCGCCCCCACGACAACCAGCUCCGCUACUUCGGCGGCGAUACCCGCAUCGUCGCCGUCCACCGCCACACCACCUUCGCCGCUCUCCUCUCCAAGCUCUCCAAGUUUUCAGGUACAACCAACAUAAGCAUAAAGUACCAGCUCCCCAAUGAGGACCUCGACGCGCUGAUAACCGUCACGGCCGACGAAGACGUGGAGAACAUGAUGGAGGAGUACGAUCGGCUCAGCCAGAGCCAGAAGUCGGCUCGCCUCCGCCUCUUCCUAUUCCCGAUCGACGACAGCAUCAACGACUCCAGAGCCUCUAGCAUCAACUCGCUCCUCGACGGCUCGGCUAAGCGCGAGAACUGGUUCGUCGACGUUCUCAACGGCGGACCGGCCGCUGGCUCCGUUCUCGAGCGCGGCCGCUCCGAGGUGUCGUCGAUCGUCUCCGAAGUUCCGGAUUACUUAUUCGGGUUGGAUAAUUCGGAUGAUGCCUUGAAAGACACCACCAAAAUCAGGAACAAAAACCUCCUCAACGACAACGUCUCAAUGUCGGACCCGGGUUCGCCCGCCCCGGUCGUUUCAUCGCCCUUCUGCUCCACAUCCUCGUCCCUGGCCCCACCUAACCUGCAGAUGAUUCCGGAUCUUCCACCCGUUAAAACCCGACCCAUCAACCCGGUCCAGGCUGCCGAGCAUAAGGAGAGCGAAGUGGUGCACGAGAAAAUGGGCCCCCAACCAACCGGGUACUCGGGCGGGCCCGUUUGGCACUACCCGAACCCGCAGGUGCAGCCCAUGCCCGCCAUGUAUUACAUGCCGGGCAGUCAUGUACAAGCGGCGAAUGCGUCGGUCCCACAACAGGUUCCGAUCCGGGCGCAGUUUUUGCAGUCGUACCCGGUUUCAGCGGGUCAAGUACCCAUGGGGUUUCCCGGUAUGAAUCACGUAUAUGGAGCGGGCGUGAGGCCAUAUGAAAUGCCCGCCCGUUUUAUCACUGAUACUUCGGGUCAGCCGGUUUAUUACGGGGCGAGGAACGUGGCCGUUGUUCCGGGUUCCUAUCCGGGUAUGGGUGUACCUGGAGGGGAAGAGGCCCAGGGAUCCGGUUCGGAUAUGAUGGCGGGUCGGAUCUCCCAAGGAUCAUGAAAUUUUGAUCUAAAUUCAGGUAAUAUAUCAUGAUUUCAAAAAGGAAAAGCGAAUGAGAUUUUUAUAUAUUUAUUUGAUGAUAAUCAUUUUUGCUUUGGUUGGACAUAACAUAAGAAUGUUUUGUGUCUUUUAUUUGGAUUGUGGUUAAUAUGUGGAUAGGAUUUUGUUGCACACAAUUCAGUUUGGUAAUGAAUUUUGUGGAUGAAAUUGUACAGAAAAUAAUUACUAAGAUGGUGUGGACUUUAUAUUGAUUCUUUAUUUGCAGAUUUUAAGUUUUA